ACUCUUUCUGUCUAUCAAGUCUAAAGUCGCUUCACUCUUCAUCAGACAUUCACAGAAGAGAGAGAAACAAGAAAAGAAAGCCUAAUUCUAAUUCCCUAGAAAAUUCUGAACUAGAGGAGUAAUUAAUUAGUAAGUAAACAAAUAAGUACAAACCUAAUCUGGUUUGAAUCGGUCUGGUUUAACCCAGCAAAAUUUAUUACUACAGAUAUCCGAGGCUAAGCCUCGGAAAUCACGAACCAAAAAGUCAGUCUGAUGAAGAUAGAAAAAAUAUUUUGGAGAAUCUACUGAAAUAGAAGAAGCUCGAGAUCAAGGAGAAGAAGAAGCUUCAAGGGGGAGGGAAAAAUGGGAAAAAUCACGAAAAGGAAGAAGAAGGGCCGGCCACCAAAGGCGGAUCUCUCAACACCACGGCGGAGUAAAGUAACAGAUCCGCCACCUGAAUCUGCCCUUCGUAGAAGUGUAAGAAGCCGGAAUCUACCAUAUAGUGAUGACCAGUUUUACGAUGAUAUCGAAGGUGAAGAAGAAGAAGACUCUGAAGAUGAAGAAGAAGAGGAAGAGAAAAGAAGAAAAAAGAAAAUGAAGUUAGUAAUGAGAUUAGCUUCAUCUGGUCAAACUAAAGUUGACUCAUCACUGUUGACUCGAAACAAUGAAACCACUACUCCUGCUCCUGCUCCAGAUUCUGCUGCUUCUGCAUCCUCUUCAGACGAUGGAGAUGAUAGUAAACCGUUUAAGAAGAGAAGAAUCAACGGUGAUGAUGAAGAAGACGCCAAUGCUAAUGUUGAUGAAGAAGUCAGAUCUGAUGAUCAAAGAAAGGAUGGAAGACAGGAAAAGAAGGAUACAAGAAGGUCAGAAUCUCUUUCAGGGUUUGAAGGCAACUAUUCAAAUGGGAUACCAUUACCGGAUAAGAAAGAAAUCGAUUUGAUUAUGGAUAAGCUUCAGAAGAAAGACACAUAUGGUGUUUAUGCAGAGCCGGUUGACACAGAAGAGCUUCCGGAUUAUCUUGAAAUGAUUGAGAAUCCCAUGGAUUUUGGCACCAUAAGGAAGAAUUUGGAAAAGGGAACAUACACAAAGUUGGAACAACUUGAGGCUGAUGUGUUUCUGUUAUGCUCAAAUGCAAUGGAAUAUAAUUCUCCAGAUACUGUCUACUUUAAACAGGCACGCUCGAUACAAGAGCUGGCAAGAAAGAAAUUCCACAGGCUAAAGGUUAAUUAUAAACGCUCUGAGGCGGAAAUCAAGAUAGAUCAGACAAAAAGAUCCAAUGUUGUAGUGAAAAAAUCGACAAAGAAGACACCAUGCAAAGUAGUACAGGAACCUGUUGGCUCUGAUUUCUCCGCAGGUGUAACUCUUACCACCAGGGCCAAUCUUGUUAAUCAGUCAAACACAGUACACGCUGGCAGUUAUGGGGUGCCCGGCAAUUAUAUUGGUUUUGGAGAUCGAAACUCUUUCCUGCUUGAACAUAAAUCUGAAAAGGCUGAGGAGCAAGUUUCAGGGAAGGGAUUGCAGUCUAAAUUUGGAAAGAAACCUAUUGUGUUAGAUGAUGAUCGACGUGCGACCUAUGGUAUGACCAGUCAACAUUUGGUGAAUGAGGACUCGACGUUUACAAUUUUUGAGGGCGACACCAGCCAGCUGGUUGCAGUUGGACUACAUACAGAUCACUGUUAUGCAAGAAGUUUGGCUCGUUUUGCUGCAACACUAGGACCUGCUGCUUGGAAAGUUGCUUCCCGAAGAAUUGAGCAAGUGUUGCCAGGGGAUUUUAGAUUUGGACGCGGCUGGGUUGGAGAAUAUGAACCCUUACCAACCUCUAUACUGGUUCUUGAAAACAGUAUGCCGAAAGAGCUUUCUAUAAAUUCACAUAAGACAGAGGAUAUAAAAAAAGAUGACCAGAUUGUAGAAGAAAGUUUGAAGGCUAAACAAAACGUGACUCUUGGCCGUGAAACUGUAAAUUUGCCGAGGGUGUCAUGUGCAAGUAUAUCAGAGGAAUUUGCAAGGGAGAGGCACUUUGGUUAUCCUAUGUCAAACGGAUUGAAUUCAGGUGUGGUUAGUGUUUCCGGUCCCAAACCUGUUGUUAAUGUCAUAGGUCAGCAGCAAAAUCCACAAGUGUCAAGUAAUGUGUUAAAGCAAGUUGAUAUGCACUCUUCUUCUUCAUUCAGAAAGGACCAUAUGAAUGUUGCUCCACGAGAGAAGCCCAUGAACAACUCGCAUAUGACAAUUCCAAGAUUGCAGGAGAUGGAUUCAAGGAACAGGGUUCUUUCACAAUCUGCAUCUUUCAGUCAUCCCGUAAGUAAUGGGAUUGUUGUUGGAGGACUGCCUAAUGUGAACAAUUGUGCAAGUAGUCAUAGAGCAACUAGUUUUUCCUCUGAUGUUGUUCCCAGCAAACAGGUUAGACUACCCGCAUUUCCUCAUGGAAACCAUGAACAAGGCUUAAGUGACCCGGUGCAGAUGCUGAGAAUGAUGGCAAAUAAGACACACAAUCAGCAGAAUUCCGCAAACCAUCCUAUGGCUGAGGCUAUACAGUCAAUAAGAGAUGAUGCCGUUGCGGUCGCCACCCCUCCUCAGGCAUGGAUGGCCCUAGGAUACGCCAAUCCAGCAAGGGAACGCCAAUCUGAUUCACAGGUUCACUUUGAAACUGCUGCUUCAGGGGGAUUUCAAACACAGACAAAUAAGAAUAGGUUUCCUCAGGCAUUUCUUCUGCAAGCUAUGCGCAUAGGGGAAAACAACAGACCCGUGUUUUCCCAACAACAAAGAAUGAUGGAUACAAAAUUUCAUGUGCAAUCUCCUCAGCAAGGUCUUGGCCCACAAACGCAGACAAACAGCAAACAAGAUACUCUUCCACCAGACCUGAACAUUGGUUUUCCAUCCUCUGGGUCUCCCGUAAGGCUGUCAUCUGGCGUUCUACUUGACUCCCAACUACCAGAUCUUGCGUUGCAACUCUAAGAUUGUGCUUGUAAUGUUAAGUGCAGCUAUACUUACCCGUGGUUACCCCGAGCAGCUUCUAGUUGUAGUAUCACCAGGAAGCUUGGCAGGUUGGCUUUUGUUGCCAAAUGAGCAACUAAAGUGGAUAUAUGAGUAUGUCUGAAAAGUUCCAAGUCAUGUUCAGCUCUUACAUUCAAGAUUUGGAGAAAUUUGUCCGGUUUCAGUCCUUCUAACUGCGAAUUAUUACAUGUCAGGAGGAAGCAAUUCGGUCCCAAGUUAUGGGCAAGAGCAACAAAGCAUUCCAUCCAUUGAAAGUUUCUAAAACGUGACAAAAGAUGAUCGAAAGGUAGUUCUCUGGUGUAUCUGUAACUGUUUUCCAUGGGAUCAUUGUUCAGCCAGAGGAUGUUGAUUUGUUGUAGAAUGUAAAACCGUAGUCAUAUGUAGAAACGUAUGAUCUGACUUGGCAAAACCAGAGAUCAAAAAGCCAGUUUCACCAAUCCAUAUAUAUUACCAUGCACAAGGAAAUACAAAUAAUCAAGCUACAAUCAGCAGAUAUCUGGAGAUGUUGUAAAAUGUGCAGGCAUUUGCUGUUGCUUCUAAGCUAAAAUUUAUGAUAUGAAGCCAGCAUUAUAUAAGUUCUAAAUUCAUUAUCUGCAUAAUCAUUCUGCAAUGAGUUGGGAACUUUCUCAUGUAUAUGUAUAUAAAAAUGUACGCGUCCAUGAUCUUAUUUUUUUUGGAAGCAAGGUCCAUGAUCUUGGUUUCUACUUGAUUCAGACCCAUUUGGAAUCAACUGUGUAGAAGUUGUUCUGCUGGUGACUGAAUCUUCAGAAUUAACAGUUUCUGUAACGAUUACAAGAGAGUUUUGAUUGUUA